AUGGCGGGUCUUCUGGGCGUCUGCCUUCUCCUGCAGGGAUGCGGCGUUUCGGACGCACCGAUACUCUUUCCGAAGGGGCCGGUUGCGCUUGCGGAGCGAAAUCUGCUGUUCACCGCUUUUGCAGUAAUGAUGAUUGUCGCCAUUCCCGCCAUUGUCCUGACACUCUAUUUCGUCUGGCGUUAUCGCAGAGACGGCGGCAAGGGAGCGUAUACGCCCGAUUGGGACAGUUCCUGGAAAAUCGAAUCGGUUGUCUGGCUGGUUCCCGCGGCAAUCAUUGUUGUUCUUGGAGCGUUGGUCUGGCAGUCGACGCACAGGCUUGAUCCAUACAAGGAACUCGUGUCCGACAAACCGGUCUUCAGGGUGCAGGCUGUCGCCCUCGACUGGAAAUGGCUGUUUCUUUACCCCGAGCUCGGUGUGGCCAGCGUCAACGAACUCGCCUUUCCGGCAGAUCGUCCGCUCUCGAUUGAGAUCACUUCCGACACUGUCAUGAAUUCCCUCAUGAUCCCGGCGCUUGGCGGGCAGAUUUACGCGAUGGCGGGCAUGCGCUCCGAACUCAACCUUCUCGCUGACGAACCCGGCGUCUUCAUGGGGCGAAAUACAAUGUACUCAGGCGACGGCUUUGCCGAUCAACAUUUCAAGGCGCACGCCUUGAGCGGAGACGGAUUUUCCAGCUGGAAGGACAAGGUCGCCGAAGAAACAGCGAAGCUAGACGCAGAAACCUAUCUGCAGCUUCACAAACAGAGCACUGCCAAUCCCGUGACCUACUAUUCCGCUUACGAGACAGAUCUCUUCAAUCUGAUCCUGCGCAAGUAUUCACCGAUCGGGGGCUGCGUGAUGCUGGGACGCCUGACAAUCGAAGCCAUUCCGCUUUAUUCCUGGGUCGCCAUGGGCGGUGCUGCGGUUACUGUUUGCGGCGGGCUCGCGGUUUUUCUGCUGAUUACCUAUCUGCGUGCAUGGAAAGUGCUCUGGACGGAUUGGCUGACGAGCGUCGACCACAAGAAGAUCGGCAUCAUGUAUGUCGUGCUGGCGCUUGUGAUGCUCGUCCGCGGAUUUGUCGAUGCCCUGAUGAUGCGCGCCCAGCAGGCGAUUGCGCUCAACAGCGAAGGCUAUCUGCCGCCCGAACAUUUCGAGCAGAUCUUUUCCUCGCAUGGCACGAUCAUGAUCUUUUUCGUUGCAAUGCCCUUCCUGACCGGUCUGAUCAAUAUCAUCGUGCCGCAACAGAUCGGUGCGCGAGACGUUGCUUUUCCCUUCCUGAACUCCGUCAGUCUCUGGCUGACAGCCGCCGGGGCGGGUCUGGUCCUUGUGUCGCUGGUCGUCGGCAAGUUCUCCACGGCCGGCUGGACAGGUUAUCCCCCUUACUCCGGCGUCGAGUUCAGCCCCGGUGUCGGUGUCGACUACUGGCUUUGGGCCUUGAUUGUGAGCGGCGUCGGCAGUACGGCGUCCGGUAUCAAUUUCAUUGUCACCAUCGUCAAGAACCGGUGCCCGGGGAUGACCUACAUGCGUAUGCCGCUGUUCACAUGGACGGCGCUGUGCAUUUCGGUCCUGAUCGCGUUUGCCUUUCCGGCGUUGACCGUCGUCGCGGCGCAACUCACGCUGGACCGCACACUCGGCUUCCAUUUCUUCACAAACGGCGAUGGCGGCAACAUGAUGCUGUUUGCCAAUCUGAUCUGGAUCUGGGGACACCCGGAGGUCUAUAUCCUGAUCCUUCCGGCCUUCGGGAUCUUUUCAGAAGUGGUGGCAACAUUUUCGCGCAAACGCCUGUUCGGCUACAAGUCGCUGGUUUACGCGACAGCGUGCAUAGCAAUCCUUUCCUUCACCGUCUGGCUGCACCAUUUCUUCACCAUGGGAUCAUCGGCAAACGUGAAUGCCGUGUUUGGUAUCGCGACGAUGAUCAUAGCCGUGCCGACCGGGGUGAAGAUCUUCGACUGGAUGUUCACCAUGUACCGCGGGCGGAUCGAGUUUCACCCGUCCAUGGUCUACACCAUCGGCUUCAUGGUGACGUUUGUCAUCGGAGGGGUCACGGGCGUAUUGCUUGCCUUGCCUCCGGCCGACUACCUGAUGCACAACUCAACGUUCCUGGUUGCCCAUUUUCACAACAUGCUGAUUCCAGGAGCGCUUUUCGGCUAUUUUGCCGGAUUGAACUACUGGUUUCCCAAGGCUUUCGGGUUCAAGCUGGAUGCCAAGUGGGGUAUUCGAUCGUUCUGGUUCUGGUUCAUCGGUUUUUAUCUCGCUUUCAUGCCGCUUUAUGUUCUUGGCUUCAUGGGAAUGAGCCGGCGCAUGGAGCACUAUGCGGAUCCAAACUGGCAGCCUUAUCUGAUCGUUGCCGCGCUGGGCGCGCUCUGUAUCCUUUGCGGCAUCAUCUGCAUUGGCGUCCAGCUCUAUGUUUCGGCCAAAAACUGGGGCUCCGCACGUGACGUGACCGGAGACCCAUGGAACGGCCGCACACUGGACUGGGCGACGUCUUCGCCGCCGGCUCCGUAUAAUUUCGCAGUUCUUCCCGAGGUCCGGGAUGUCGAUGCCUUUCAUGACAUGAAAAUUCACGGAACCGCAUACCGUCCACCUGCGCAUUACGAAGAUAUCGUCAUGCCAAGGAAGAGCGGCCUGGGACCGGUAAUCGGUGCCAUGGCGUUCGUGCUCGGAUUUGCCUUCGUAUGGUACAUUUGGUGGCUGGUGGCGCUUUCACUCGUUCUCAUACUGAUUUGCAUCGGCAUAAGGGCCUGUGACGAUGAUACGGAUUUCGUGAUGCCAGCAGCCGAAGUAGCCAGGAUCGAGGCGGCGCACCUUGCCCAGAUAGCUCCAGUGGACAUGCACGACAUGCGGGAUUUCGAACCGCGCGGGGCUGCCUCCGGCACACCAUUGGCGGGGAGGGCGUAA